AUGGGAGACGCGCGUCCGCGACGGAUUUUGAUAUCCAAGAAAGAGUAUAUUGCGAAGAUCAACGAUAUUCACGACACCGUGAAUUCUUUGGAAGAAAGCUUUAUGGUAUCUUGCAGUUUGGAAGCUGAACAAUGGUUGAAAUACACGACUUUGAGAAUGAAGAAUAAGUUAGCCGCGGACGACCUAAAGAAAGCGAAUAAACUUAACAAAAAUAUGUUGAACUUAUUCAGACAGAGCGUGACGGAUGUUCGGCUCGGGAACGAAAUCGCGUUGCCGGAAUUCGUGAGGAGGGAAGUGCAAAGGACUUGGCACCAGAAGUACGACGCUUUGUUAACGCAAAAUGAGCAACUGAAGGAAAAAGUCGCGACCACCAAUCGUCUUCUUAAAGAAAAAUGCGCGGAGAUCAAUAACCUUCAGCAAAAGAUGUUGACCCUCGGAGAUAGACUUGUUGAGCGGAACGGAACCGUAGAAAAUGUUUGCAGAAAGUAUCUAAGGCUGAAGAAACGCAAGGACCAGCAAGAAAUCUUGCUACGUGGUUCUAUCGAGACACUGCAGGACGCAUUGAAAAAGGGAAACAACGUGUCUACUAAGAAAGGGAUCAGUAUGUCGCUGAAGCCAAGCAAGGAGGCGUUGCUGGCCCAAGAAACUCGACGCAGCGACCGUUUGGCGCACGAGAACUCCCUCCUGAGAAUUCUCCUACAGGAAGCGAGGCGCGACAGCGGAACCAGCGGAAGUACCAGCACGGUUACCUUCGAGGGAACUCAUUAAUCGGCAACGAAAACUGCAAGCCUCGGUUGCGUUACA